AUGUGGCCCUUCCCAUCCUACCCAGAACACUCGCCCUCCGAGGUGAAUGGCAAGACUUAUGACUAUAUCAUCGUUGGAGGUGGAACUGCAGGGUGUGCUGUUGCAGCGCGCUUGUCUGAGGACUCUGAUGUUACGGUUCUUGUGAUCGAUAAAGGAUAUGUGAAAGACAACAUGGUCUCGCGUAUGCCACUUUUGAGCCAGAAUAUGUUUCUUGGCGACCUCUUACAGGUUCAGAGCAACCGAUGGUCAGAACCUAUCGCGGGGGCCAACGGACGAAGAAAUCGUCUUUGGGCAGUGGAAGGCAUUGGCGGUGCUUCUCGUAUGAAUGGCAUGCUCUGGACGCGUGGUUUCCCCGGAGACUAUGCCGCCUGGUCUGAGCUGGGCUUGCAGGACUGGAGCUACGAGAAACUUGAACCGUAUUUCCGCAAGAUUGAGAACGCCAUUGUACACCCAGAAUCCUCUUUCAGGGGCCAUAAAGGACCCAUUGAGCUUCGACAAUACUCAUUCCCGUUCAAGUGGACCAAAUAUCUUGAGAAGGCCGUCGAGGAGCUUGGUAUCCGUCCUCAAAAGGACAUCAACGAUCCUUCGGCGCCCGCAAUGGGAUGCUUCAAUCUUGAUACAGCUAUCGACAAGCAUGGGAGCAGAAUCUCUGCGCUUACGGCAUACCUCAUCAGGGAAGUAGCAUACAAAAGGCGCAAUCGUCUAACUAUUUGCACCGGUGCAGCUGCUUCACGCUUGGAAGUCAACGUGGAGACAGGCACCGUGGGAGGUGUUCAUAUCCAAUCUGUAAAGGAACCCGGCAACCAUUACUACGUAAGGGCACACCGUGAGGUGAUCCUUUGUUCUGGAGCAGCCUGUACUCCUCAAAUCCUUCUUUUGAGUGGUAUUGGACCGGCAGAUUCGUCCAAAAAACAUGGCAUACCCCUGAUCAAAGAGACACCAGCAGUAGGUGCCACCUUAUCAGACCAUUAUAGCAUUCCUAUAAUGCUAGAAGUUCCUAAAAAGGAAACUUUCCACCUUUUACAGUCGAUUUGGGGGGUCUGGCAUAUCCUGCUCUGGGUUUUCUUCGGAAAAGGCCUGUUGAGUUUUACUUCCAUGUCAAAAACCAUAUAUUUUCACAGCGACGCGAUUGACAGAGAUACCAUGGAAGUAAAAGGCCGCGACAGUGAAGGACGUGACAUGCUUGAUGCAUCGUUAUCUCGCAACGUUCCCGACAUUGAGGUCAUGCUCAUGCCCAACAGCUCGGUCGAGAGAGAGGUUGAAGGGCGUACAUUGAUGUCCCUGUAUCCUACAUUGGUGCAGCCUCGUGGGUCCGGUCGCGUAGAGCUGGCCAGCACGGAUGCCCUGGUGCAACCUCGAAUCACGUACCCAAUGUUUACCAACGAGCAUGAUAUCGCGACAGCUAGACUGGCUGUCCGCUUUUUAAUGCGACUGGCUGAGAAGCUGCAACAGUCAAAGUACCCAUAUCCUGCGAAGCUUGCCUUCGCUCCCGGUCAAGACCCCUCUAUGCUGGAGGAAUGGGAAAAGAGUGCACCCAUCGACUACCUUCCGCUUCCGAUUUCGAUCGCAUCGUCAGUGUCUGGCCAACAAGCACCUCAAGUCGGCUCCAAGGCCAAUCGAAAUAUCUCACCGCAAACCAGAUCUGGCAAAGAUAAGACAUGGAAAAAUGUCACUAAUGAUGAGAUUGACGAUUACCUCAAGAGGGUCAGUCAUACGAGUCUACACUUCUCUGGCACGUACCCCAUGUCAAAUGACGAGAAAAAUGGCGUGGUCGAUCAGAAACUCCGCGUUCAUGGCUUUACCAAUCUAAGGAUCGCAGACACGAGUGUGUUCCCCAAGAUCCCGAGCUGCCACACUAUGGCGCCCGUGUUGGUGGUUGCAGAGCGAUGCGCCGAGAUGGUCAAGGCCACUUGGGCAGCAAAGAAGUCACAGUCGUAA